UUUGCUAAUUUCACUCAGUAAAACUGCAGUGUUUCUGUUUCUAGAUAGUACUUUGCUUCUUUGUCUCUUUAAAAGGUCACAGUGAAAGCUUGGCCUGGAUCAUGCCGGCCAUAUGGAAUGGAUAAGGGCACAAUCUCUUAAAAUGUGAUUGUGUGGGGGCGAGGGAGGCAAUCCAGUAAGGAACUCGUUGAAAAGGAUCCCACAAUGCAAAAAAUAGGUUCUUGAAACCGGAUUUUCGUGCUUUUUUUUUUUUUCUUUUUAAGGGAAAUAAUUGCUGUGUUUGAGUUCACUGUUUUAAUUCAGUAAUUAUCACUUAUGGACUUAGUUUAUGGACAGGGAAAUGGGGUUUUGAGAAAGUAGCCUGCUUUAUAUAUGCCAACCAGACGUUACACUAAAAUGUAUUUUAAAAUGUGUAACUCAAAAAAAAGUCUUCAGCCUGGCAUCUGUUGAGACCAUAGUUAGUUCCCGUGCUGUCAGUCCACCAGGCCCCGUGGAGACUGCUCUUUACAAUUCCAAACUCAGGUUUGGUGAACUUUAGCCUUGGGCAUAGAGUUUAAAUGAGUAAAUUGGGUGUUUUAUGUGCAUGUAAUUUUGCUUAUAACGUAAAGCUUUUUACAAGAUGACUGAGUGUUUAAUAGAUACUUAGGUGGGUAUUCAAAGGACAAUUUUGCAUGACCUAUAUGAUGUUUUGAUUGUCAAUACAUUAACUAAAUUAUAAUCUAUCAAUUUCAUUUGCUGUACAGUUUAUAAUGCCGUUAAGCCUCAUGACUACUAAGUAUGUUUUGUAGCAUUAACUUUGAUGCUGUUGUCUACUCACCCCCUCCUUUUUUUUCCUUAAAUUGCCCCACGGGUUAAGUAUUUUCUUUUCAAAUCAUGUUUUCAAAUUCAUUUUCUGCUCUAGGGUAAGGCAACCAAUUUCAGAAAAAGCAGCUUUGUAUUAUAAAUUCACAUGAAACAUUAUAAAGAGUGUUUUGAAUAAGUUAAUAAUCAUCGCUCUCUAAUUUUGGCUUUAGUUUAAUAUAAUGGAGAAUAGUAAUCUUGAUAAAAAGUGGUUAAAAGAGGCACAUUUAUUCUUAAUGAACCUCAUAACCAAAAACAGAUGGGACCUCUAUCAACGGUAAACCUUUAGUUCUCUGUGUGCCACCCUGGAGUACAAGGAUAAAUAGCCAUUAUUUCUCAAACUUUAGAGUUCUUCAGUUGGCAUUCUUAAAGUUGCUUUUAAGCCUACAGAUGACCAUUGCUCCCUCCUCCCCAUUCACCUUUUUUUCUUGAUUAUAAUGGACAAAGUAGUCUAUGGUUAAAGAGAAGAAAAACAUGCUUAUAGAAAGGCCAUGCUAAUACAAGCUUUUACUAGAUCGGAUCUAAAUAGCUUUUCUGGUAUAAUAUUUUAUUUUGAAAGUACAAGAGAUGUCAAAUUACUAGGCAGCUGGAACAAUGUAGUAAUUAUCAUAUUCUGAUUUUCCUAAAUAUGAUCCCCUCCCACUUAAUAUUGGUAAGCUGAAUACUUCAAGUACUGUGAAAGUUCAUAGAACAAUUUUACUCGUCUGUUCUUAUUAAGUCUAGUUUAACACAUAUUUAGAAGUGAUUUUGAUGUCGUACUCAUUGAUUUAUCAUAAACAAUGUGAAAAUUGAUGUCCGUUGUAUAACAAAAUAAGUAUUUUUUUCUGAAGUUAAUUAAGAUGUAGACUUCGUUGCAUACUGAGAUUAUUUUUGAACACUGGUCAUUAUGUUUUAUCAAAAUCAUCAAGUUUUUUUUUUUUAAAGCCACUUUGGCAUUUGAAUCUAAUGUGUAUAUCACGAAGUAUUUUCAAGUUUUUUGCUAUUUAAAGUAGCAUUCUAUUACUAAUGGACUCCUAAAUAUUAACUCUGAAUAAAACAUGUGAGUUGUAAUGCUUCAGUAUCUGGGAUAUUUGAAGAAAUCUUCCACUUUUAUCCAUUUACUUGGAGGUGAAAUGAUCCAAUCACACGUUUGAGCCAAGACUCGAGGACAUCUAUAACAGGUGAUCUUUAGAGGGUAACUGAGUAUGGAUCAUUUGAACGAGGCAACUCAGGGGAAAGAACAUUCAGAAAUGUCUAACAAUGUGAGCGAUCCGAAGGGUCCACCAGCCAAGAUUGCCCGCCUGGAGCAGAACGGGAGCCCGCUAGGAAGAGGAAGACUUGGGAGCACAGGUGCAAAAAUGCAGGGCGUGCCUUUAAAACACUCGGGACAUCUGAUGAAAACCAACCUUAGGAAAGGAACCAUGCUACCAGUUUUUUGCGUGGUGGAACAUUAUGAAAACGCCAUUGAAUAUGAUUGCAAGGAGGAGCAUGCGGAAUUUGUGUUGGUGAGAAAGGACAUGCUUUUCAACCAGCUGAUCGAAAUGGCAUUGCUGUCUCUGGGUUAUUCACAUAGCUCUGCUGCCCAGGCCAAAGGGCUAAUCCAGGUCGGAAAGUGGAACCCAGUUCCCCUGUCAUAUGUGACGGAUGCUCCUGAUGCAACGGUAGCAGACAUGCUUCAAGACGUGUAUCAUGUGGUCACAUUGAAAAUUCAGCUACACAGUUGCCCCAAACUGGAAGACUUGCCUCCUGAACAAUGGUCGCACACCACAGUAAGGAACGCUCUGAAGGACUUACUGAAAGACAUGAACCAGAGUUCGUUGGCCAAGGAGUGCCCCCUUUCACAGAGUAUGAUUUCUUCCAUUGUGAACAGCACUUACUAUGCAAAUGUCUCAGCAGCAAAAUGUCAAGAAUUUGGAAGGUGGUACAAACAUUUCAAGAAGACAAAAGAUAUGAUGGUUGAAAUGGAUAGUCUUUCUGAACUAUCCCAGCAAGGUGCCAACCAUGUCAACUUUGGCCAGCAGCCUGUCCCAGGGAACACAGCCGAGCAGCCUCCGUCCCCUGCGCAGCUCUCCCACGGCAGCCAGCCCUCGGUCCGGACCCCUCUUCCAAACCUGCACCCUGGGCUUGUGUCAACGCCCAUCAGUCCUCAAUUGGUCAACCAGCAGCUGGUGAUGGCUCAGCUGCUGAACCAGCAGUAUGCAGUGAAUAGACUUUUAGCCCAGCAGUCCUUAAACCAACAAUACUUGAACCACCCUCCCCCUGUCAGUAGAUCUAUGAAUAAGCCUUUGGAGCAACAGGUUUCAACCAACACAGAGGUGUCUUCCGAAAUCUACCAGUGGGUACGCGAUGAACUGAAACGAGCAGGAAUCUCCCAGGCAGUCUUUGCACGGGUGGCUUUUAACAGAACUCAGGGCUUGCUUUCAGAAAUUCUCCGAAAGGAAGAGGACCCCAAGACUGCCUCCCAGUCUUUGCUGGUAAACCUUCGGGCUAUGCAGAAUUUCUUGCAGUUACCGGAGGCUGAGAGAGAUCGCAUUUACCAGGAUGAAAGAGAAAGGAGCUUGAAUGCUGCCUCGGCUAUGGGCCCUGCCCCCCUGAUAAGCACACCACCCAGCCGCCCUCCCCAGGUGAAAACAGCUACCAUUGCCACUGAGAGGAAUGGGAAACCAGAGAACAAUACCAUGAACAUUAAUGCUUCCAUUUAUGAUGAGAUUCAGCAGGAAAUGAAGCGCGCUAAAGUGUCCCAAGCACUAUUUGCAAAGGUUGCAGCAACCAAAAGCCAGGGGUGGUUGUGUGAGCUGUUGCGCUGGAAAGAAGAUCCUUCUCCUGAAAACAGGACCCUGUGGGAGAACCUCUCCAUGAUCCGAAGGUUCCUCAGUCUUCCACAGCCAGAACGAGAUGCUAUAUAUGAGCAGGAGAGCAGUGCGGUGCAUCACCAUGGUGACAGGCCGCCCCACAUCAUCCAUGUUCCAGCAGAGCAGAUUCAGAGCCCCUCUCCCACCACCCUUGGGAAAGGAGAGUCUAGAGGCGUUUUCUUACCAGGCCUGCUGACCCCUGCACCGUGGCUCGGUGCUGCUCCUCAGCAGCAGCAGCCUCAGCAGCAGCAGCAGCCGGCGCCCCCAACCCCGCAGCCGCAGGCCCAGCAGCCGGCAGGCCCGCGGCUCCCCCCGCGGCAGCCCACCGUGGCCUCGCCUGCCGAGGCCGAGGACGACAACCGCCAGAAGACCCGGCCGCGAACGAAGAUUUCUGUGGAGGCCCUGGGCAUCCUCCAGAGUUUCAUCCAAGACGUGGGCCUGUACCCGGACGAAGAGGCCAUCCAGACUCUGUCUGCCCAGCUUGACCUUCCCAAGUACACCAUCAUCAAGUUCUUUCAGAACCAGCGGUACUAUCUCAAGCACCACGGCAAACUGAAAGACAACUCCGGCUUAGAGGUGGAUGUGGCCGAGUACAAAGAAGAGGAAUUGCUUAAGGAUUUAGAGGAGAGCGUCCAGGAUAAAAAUGCUAACACCCUUUUCUCGGUGAAACUAGAAGACGAGCUUGCAGUGGAAGGGAACACAGACAUUAACUCUGACUUGAAAGACUGAACUAAAAGUAUUAUUUUCACUCAACAGUGCCACUGUAUUUACAGCAAAAUGAAAAGUCCACCUAUAUUCGCGCAGCAAACCUUUGUCGUCCAUGGUUUGGCCAAUGAAUCUUCAGAAACUUGCACAAACAGGAAAGUUAAGAAAGGAUAGUCCAGACUGCACUAAAUGUUUUACUCUGUUUUACAAACUGCUUGGCAGCCCCAGGUGAAGCAUCGAGGAUUGUUUGGUAUUAAAAAUUCAAAUUUCUGUUCGUGGGGCGCGCCCAGGUGUGUACCCCAUAAGCAUGACACCAGUGAUUUUUUCUUUUUAAUUAUUAUUCUGGAGCCUCAAACAAGCAUUAUAACUUCUGUGAUUAUUUCCUUCCUUUAAUUAUUUCUGUAACACUCCACACUGAUCUUUGGAAACUCGCCCCUUAUUUUAAAAAAAAAAAAGAAAAAAAGAGAGUUUGUUACUCUAUUGUAUGUUACAAAAGAACUAUAGACUGUGGAAUGCAGUUUAAAGAUGACAUAUGCCAACAAAUGCCUUGUAUUAUAUGGCACUGCCGUAAUUCAAAUUUGUUUUUAUUUUGGAAAUAAAAGUUCACUGUAAUUUUUUUUUUUCAUUCUCACUGUUACCAUGAUUUUUUUUUUAAAUGAAAAGAAAAUGUGAAACACAAUUUAGUCCUCAUUAUUUAUUUGUAGAUCCUGCAGCAUCAUGUUGUAAUUAAUUUUUUGGAAGUUUCCGUUAAAUGUAAUAUUGCUUCUCUUGUUACCAUACUGAUUCUUUUCUAUUUAUAAAUGUAUUUUGAUGGGCAGUAAAACAAAGUGUCUUAAAAGUUUUAAAUAGAGAAAAUGUGCUUUACACAGUUGCCUAUAAAAAGUGCUCUAUGUUAUCCAAGCAAUUCAUACUAUAAGCUUCACUCUUAUUGUUGUAUGCAAUUUUUACUAUCAUGCAAAUAAGCUUAGGUAAAUAAAACUAAUAGAUCACCUUAGAAAAUUAUGCAAUUAAUGUGAAAAUAAUUGAUGUUUGCAAUGUGUCUUCCUUUGGUUUACAAUCAAUUUUAAAGCUACAUCUGUAUAAAAUUUCUGUAUAAAGGUGUAUUUCUUUUUUAUGAGUUUAUGGCUAUGAAAACACCAGCUAUUUUGUUACAGCUGGCUGUUUUUAUAAGUGUAUCACAAUUUUCUUUAUGCAGAAAUGUUCUGAUUAGGAGUGGUUAUUGACUGUAACUACACAAUUAAAAUUGUUUGUAUGGUAUGACAUGGUAGGGUUUGUCUGCUUAUGUGAAGUGACUUUGAAGAGUCAAAGAUGGCCCUCCUAGUUAGGUGCAUGUUAAUACUUCCUUGAUGAUUUCCUGAUUGGAAAAAGAACAAUUGAAAAGUCCCUUCACACACUGUAAAUUUAAAUCGCAAACACAUGCUCAUUUUUAAAGCUUAUGAGGAUGAUAACCUGUUUUUGGUUAACAUUUUGCUUAAUAAACAGAGAUAGCAGGAUAGUCUAAAGACUCUCCAACAAAAACAUAAAUCCAGGCUCCAGCAGUUAUGUGCUUGGAAUGGCUUCAUCUGCAUUUAUUUCUCAAUACUUCAAUUAUGGCAACACUUUUUUAAAGCUAAUGUAUAAAUAUUUUUAAAGGCCAUUAAUACUAACAAAAUAAGUAUAAAACUCCUGUAUAAAAACUCCUUAGCAAUGUUUUUUUUUUUAUAAGUAGAAAUGGAAUAUAAGUUAAUAACGUUCAUUUGGUUGUGUAGGUCAUAACUGUAAGGACUACAUGAAGAAAAUAAGAACACACCUGGAAUUGAAAUCCAAUCUUCAAAAUUCUUGCAACAUAAAUUUAACUCCGUCAACUCCAAGAUACAAAAUGAGGUGUGCUAAUGGUCAUAAAAAGGAUUGAGGCCAGUGUUGCAGUUUUGGAUUAUUUUCUUUGUCUUCACUUUAGCUUUUGCUUCCUCCUUUUAAGGUUUCCUAGAUGUUAAUUAGGGGUAUCUGGGUUCCUUCAUACUUGGUUCAGAGAUUGCCCAUUCUCUUCCUACCAGUACCCCAGGCCCUGAUAAGCUCAUUGGUAGGCAAUUGGGCUGCUUUCGUGCUCAAGUUUUACUUAGGAAACCAAAAUGAAAAUGGGGUCAUUGAAAACUCCCAAUUCAGCUUUAAAAGCACUAUUGACUUUUGAAGCACAGCUGAACUCGGAAGGCAGCUGGUUCACUGCAAACUUAAAAUUGAUUGAAAAAAUUUUGAAUUUUUUUAAGUGAGGAGACAACUUUUGAACGCUCUUGCUCACUAGAGUUCAGAGUAUCAUGUGAGCAAAAGGAAUGUGAAUUAAUAAAAUAAAAUUUAGAUUUCAUGUAUUAUAGUAUGCCAUGAAGUGUUGAAGAAAACCCUGUCUUCUUCUUUUCUCUGAGUUUAAGGAAAAAGCUACGGCAGAGAGAAGACUUUUUUUUAACCAGCCCAACACUUAACAUAAGGUGUGAGGUAUGAAAUUUAGUACUUUUUUUUGUAAGGAGAAAUUAGUUUGCAAAUAAGAUUUGCCUAUUCCUCAUAACCUAACUUUUGCAGUAACCUUCUCAAUGAAUUGAUGAGUGUCUGUAAGGAAUCAACAUAAUACUAACAAAAUUCUUGCUUAUACCCUGUAGCUUAAGCAGCGUAACUCUGCUAAGAGGGUAUUUUAAACCAAAAAAAAAGCAAAAAAAAAAAGCACAUGUCAGUAAACAAUCAUAGAGUGAGCAAAAUUAUUUUUAGGAGAGGGCACAUUUUGGAAAAGAUUUGUCUGGGUGAUUUAAUACAUUGCUUCCCCCAGUGUCAUUUAUCGCUCACGCCAGUCCUCUUGUUGCCAGUGGCGAUGAUGGAAUUCCUUGAAUAAGCUUCAUUUGUGUCCAAGUAUUUCAGACUUUUUAAAAGCUGGGCAUGACAUCGCACUUCGUGCUGUUAAGACCUUAGCAGAGUCAGGUAGUUUACGGGUAAUAUUCAGCCUUGUACAUCUGAAUGUGUCAUGGACUCCUUCCCUCAGCACUUUGCCACUAAUUUGUAUUACACUCUGUGGCCAUAUAAUACUUGCACAUUAUGCAAAAAAUGUUGAUAAUAUCUCCUUGGCACAAAAUAUGCAGAGUUGACAUAUAACCUUUGAAAACCAAGGUAACUAAUAUGUUUGUGUGUGCCCUAGUUGUGUGGCACUUGGUUACAAAGUCUGUACAUAUUAUGUAUAAAAUGUGUAUAGAUUAACAUUUAGUCCUAAUGAAUUCUGAGCUUACAAGAAGUGUUUUUUUUUCAAGUAGUGACAUCUAUAUCUGUGCUUAUUUAACAUAUAUAGCUUGAGUAGAAAACAUUUUCAAAUGGUUCGACAUUGAUUAAAAAUGACAAUCCCAUACAUUCCAUUAUUAAAUUCCACCCUAUUCCCUAUUGUUAUCAGCUGAUAUUAAGCUCCUUGAUUGUCAAAAUAUUAUCAAUAAAUGAGGUAUUCUAAACUGCCUGGUCAUAUUUUCAAAAACCAAUUAAAAUGUACAUACCCUAUUAUUAAAUAGCCUAUAGAAAUAGGACUGUUGUGUGAAGCCAGAAAUUUGCAUGGUAAUGUGGAAACCAAUGGAGGUCCAAAAAUAUUAAUCAUCUCUAGAAUAUCAGAAGAUAAUAAUGCUAUAAUCUACCUUACAAAUAAAUAUUUUUGACUUUUUAA